UCCAGAAGAAAUGACGGAAAUAAAGCGAAAGUACUUUCAAUCAUAUGGAGUUAAAGGUCUUCUUGGAGUAAUAGAUGGAACGAUGAUACAAAUUAAAGGAGCCACUGGGGCUGAUGAACCAGCAUAUAUUUGCAGAAAAGGAUAUCCUGCUUUGAACUGUCAAGUUGUGAUUGAUCAUGAUGGGAAGUUUAGAGAUGUCAUUGUAAAGUAUCCUGGAUCCUGUCAUGAUGCUUUUGUUUUUUCAAAUUCUGCAUUAAAACAGACAUUAGAAGAUGGUCCUAGUGAAGGUUUUCUUUUUGCAGAUUCCGGAUACCGGUUAUCACCAGUCAUGAUUACACCGUUUAAUCAGCCAACUACACCACAGGAAAUCUAUUUUAAUGAAGUUCAUUCUUAGGUACGUAGUAAUGUGGAGCGAUCGAUUGGUCGUUUAAAAAGCCGUUGGAGAUGUUUGCACAAAAGUGGUGGAGCACUUCAGUACACCCCAUCAACUUGCUGCAAAAUAUUUUUUACAUGUGUUUUAUUAGAAAACCUUUGCCAUUGCUUAGGAUUGGAAUUUCUAGAUGACAUCAACUUUGAGGAUAACAAGGAAAAUAAUUUACAUGAUAAUCAGACUGAGUUUUCACAAGCCAACCAAAUACGACUUGGUAUUGAACGAAGAACAGAAAUCAAAAAUUAUUUGUUUGCAAAUCGAAGGCAAUGAUAUAUUGUUAAAUUUAGCAUGG